UCCGUAUGAGGCUGAUGGAGUUCGGCAGGUCCCCAGGGCCUGGGUGCUGCAGGAUGACGCCCUCCUCCCCCGGCCCCGUGGGCACUGUCUCCUGCAGGCAGAGAGCCCCGCGGCCACGUGCUGCCAGGUCACUGCUGUCCUCCAUUGCCCGAGCGACCAUGAAGAUGGUGACGGCCAACAUGGACCAGUGGGAUGAGACCAUCUGCGACAUGGCUGCUUGUCCGCACCCGCAGUGCUGGGACACCCUCCGCAGGGUGGAGCAGGGGCGACCUCGCAUUCGCGCCAGGGACUCAGACAUGCUCUGCAGAGUGUCUGUGGAAAGCGAAGAUGAAUUACCAACACUGAAGAUUAUAAACUUGCCAAGCAUUUGUUCUUCCCUAAAUGUGACCAGAUGUUCUACACGCAACAGAACAACCACUUUCUCUGCACUGGAGACCUUCUUCUCCUAUGAUUCUCUUCAGGGAACUUCAGUCCAUGACUUAUCUGAGCGAGAUAGUUUAGUGAGUUCAGAAAGACUUCAUUUCCCAGGACUGAACUCAGCAACAGAGUCACAUGUGAUCCUGCACAGACAGAUGAACCUCACCUACUUGAACAGAGUUGGAAAACUUCAAGUGAUCAAUCUUGGUGAGCUAGCUGCUCCCACUCAGGCCAGUUGGCCCGAUGGUGGAAAUUUGAUUGUCAAAUGGAUCCCAAAUAUACAUCGAAAACCUCAGAGGCCUGUUGUACACACACAAACAGAACUAAAACCUUUAAGAAGACUGUAUGUUAAAAAUCUUCCCUCUGAAAAUCUCCUUUCCUUGAAAGAAGUGCAAAGCAGAGGAAGAGGCUUUGACACUAAAAGAAAGAAGUCCAGGGAAACCCCUACAGGAAACCAGCCUUAUCUCCUGAACCCCAAAAGAUGCCAAAUAAUGAACUGGUCAUCUAAAAAAAUGAAGCCAACCCCAAAAUACAGAGGUGAAAGUUCUACAGAAGGGAAACCAAGAGCUCCUCAGAUAAAAAAGGGGAAUGCUGUCCCCAGGCACCUGCAGACUGCUACAAUAGUGCAGCUGCAAGAUCGGAGUGCCCUGCUGUCAAUGAACAGGACAGAGCCUGAGGCUAAGGAGAAGCAUAACCCAGUAGUGGUGAAACAAAAAGUCUUGGAAAGAAUGAGAAACAAACUUUACCUAAGAAAACCACUGAAGAAUGAAACUGGAUUAGACUGUAUGGUCUUACGGCCCCUUUUACCUAAACUGGAACAGCAGCCUCACCGCCAAGGAUCAAGUGAGUUGCCAUGCCAGUCUCUGGACUCCCACUCACCAGCAAACACAGAGGAGACUUCUGCAAACAAAACACUGUCACCCAAAACAUCUGCAGAGAGGGAGUGCCAUGAAGUGAAAAGCCUCACAGAGCAGCUUACGGGACUUGGGAAGAGGAGAUCUUCAGUGAAGCCUGUGCAGUGCAAGAGCAGCACAACAAAUCUAGUCCUUGGGGGUGUUGGAGAAAACAGGCAUCUGCUAACUGAAAAUGCAAGCCAGCAUGAAAUGUACUGCAAUCACCCAGCAACUGGGAUGGAAGCGACGCAGGCUCUGGGCUCUCAUCAGGGAGAGGGUGGAGAGCAGCCAGGAGGAACUGCUGUGCCACCUCAUCCUCCACCCCCUUCCCCUUCUCUCCUGUCUAAGGACAAUGAGGAGCCUUCUGGGGCAGAAUCACCUGUCUGUAUCAGAGGCAGCAUCCAAGGGCUGGUCAGUGAUGAAGGCAACCUUCCUGAUUAACCUUUAAUUGGACAAAUGCAGAAGAAACUUGUUUCUACCCUGACUAUAAACACUGUGUGGCAUGAUUUGUCCCAAGACACUUUGCUAUCUACAGCUAAGGUGAAAAGACUCAGAAGGAGGGUGAAUGACAUGACUCCAGAAGCCUUGGAACAUACACAACAGGCUCAGUGCUUUGUUAUUUAUUAUAAGUAAAGUUAAAGCUUUCCACUGA